AUGCUACUGGUAGCAUUCAGAAAAAUCAAUCUCCAAGGUGACGUCGAGAUGUGGAUGGACAGGUGGUUUGUGCGGUUCUUUCGACACUGCAAACUGGAGCGCUAUCCGUCGAGGCACGUGGAAGAAUCAGCCAGCGACGAGGAGGAAGUUCAGAAGGUGCUCACAAUGGUUCAUGACACCCAGAUUGAGAUCACCGCCCGUCGAGUUGCUUGCACUUGGCUGGAGCAGGCCGUGCUCGAAAAGAACCAGAUGAUUGAGAAGAUCGCCGGCCGAACUGGCCUCCCUGUGGGCAAUUCCGAUGGGGUGAUUGUGGUGCAGGAGGGGCAAACAGUCACUGCGUACUUCAAAGCAAAAAGGCGGGACGGCUCCAUCGGCAAGAGCAAGACCCCUCGGGAAGCCGUGGUCGUGUCACUCAAUGAAGAUACGAUCCGGGUGAAGUUCGUCGCCAGCAAGGCUCGGCACGAGAUCCCCAUGAAUUGGGUGGUGAGCAGCACGCCAGUACCAGACCCCCGCCUGCUUUCCGAGGGCUGCAGUCCAGAGAGGCUCGCAAGAGGGAAGCUCGCCAUCACCUUGCUGCGGACUGAGAAGGCGAUAGCGGGCUUUGUGCUGGAGAGCUUCAGCCAGGCAGCCGAUCUGCUUGAGGAGCUGAGCCGCGGCGUGGAAGGGUGCAGAGCCCAAGAGGACGAGGAAGGUUACCGGAAGCUGCUGAAGAUCAUCCAGAGCUUCCUGGAUCAGGAGAUGGUCGAAGUCGACGAGGAGCUGCAACAGGUUCUGCCCCAAUCCUUGGCCGACAUCCCCUCCGAUCCAGGCCACAAACAGUUCCUGGACAAGCCCCUCUACAGCGUGCCAGAGGGCUACUUGGACCCCAAGUUCACGAAUGAUAUGAUGCUGCUGGACGGGGAGGACGCCGUGGGUGUGACAGCUCCUGCCAAGCCCCGGAAGCAAAACGAACAGAAAGCAAACAAAGAUCCAGUGAAGAGAGCUGCCAUACUGGCUGCCAAAGCCAAAGCAAAGGAUGAAGCCGAAGGGAAGACCGAGGAGGUAGACGCCGGAGACAAGGAUCCCAAGAGGAGGAAGGUCUCCACCGAGAAUGGCGAGAAGGAGCCCGCCAAAGUGGCAGAGGCAACCACGGAGCCCGCCAAGGAAGCGAAGCAGGAUCCGUCGGAAGUUAAAGCAGAAGCAGCUAAGGAAGAAGCAAAAGAGGAGGUGAAAGACGAAGCCAAGGAUGACGCCAAGGAAGACUUGGAGAAGUUCACGGUGGUGCAGCUCAAGGAGAAGCUCCGUGCUGCUGGCCUGACUGUGUCUGGAAAUAAGGCCGAUCUCAUCAAGCGAUUGGAGGUGUGCACACAGGAGCAGGCCCAAGCUACCAAGGCCGCCAACGAGUCCGAAGCUAGCAAGCCGACUGAAGAGAAGCAGGAGCAGGAGGGUGUCAAGAACGAAUCGGAUGAGGCAGCAAAAGCCGAGGCCGGCAAAGAGGCGAAGGAGGCGAAGGACAUGGAGGUGGAUCAGGAAGGAGAGAAGAAGGAAGAGAAGCAAGAGGCGCCCCAAGCGGAGGACAAGAAGGAUGAGGCGGAGAGCAAAGAGAAGGAGACGAAGGAGGAGGACAAUGUGGACUACCUGAAGGAGCUGGAUGAAGAAAUCGAGCAGGCGGACAACGACGUCUUUGAGAUCGAGGAUGUCACGGACAUCGGUACUGGCGAGCCUUUGUUCUUCAGCUUUGGCUUUGAGGACUGGGCCCUACUGAGCCUCCGAUUCGAGCUCCACCUCCUUGCGCAUGCCUUCCUGCACGACUGCGGAGACCCAGAAAGGUCUGGCAUCUAUCCGGACCACUUGCUCUUCUACUACAACAGGUACUACAAGAAGGGCUUGAAUCCGAAGAACUACGGCGUGGAGGGAAUCGAGGACCUCGUGGCUUUGGUGCGUGAUAGCAUCGUCAUCUGCCGCCCAAAGGUUAUCGAAUCGAUGCUGUCCCCUGAGCUGGAGGAUAACGAUAUCUUCAUCAAGCUCACGGAGGAGGCAAGGAGAGAACGGCUGAGGAGGUUAGAUGCAGGUGAUGAAAGCGCCCGGCUGAAGUUCGCCACGGGUGGUCAGAGCUCGGCUAAGGCAACGCCCAAGGCGCCGGUGAUCAUCCCCGGAAAGGGGGCCGGGAAGACAGAGGCGAUCCCGCAGCAGACUCUUCUCCAGCAACAGCAGCAGCGGCAGCAGCAAAUUCGGCAGCAGAUGCAGAUGGCAACAGGCAUGCAGCCGGCCGGAUCCGCGCCGAUGGGCAUGCCGCGCGCGUGGGGACCACCACCGGCCGCGUUUGGGGUGCCUUUGGCACAGCAGCGGGCCAUGAUGGCCCGCCAACCUUGGGGCUGA